GCUUUAUACGAAGAAGCCGCGAUGAAACGGUGUUAUUAUUCCAGCGUCUACAGGUAGUUGUCAAGUUACACAUCGCGAUAACACUCCCUGGGAUAUGCAAAUCAGAUGCGUGUGUGACCUGAAAAUAUCGCUUGUUUCACAGUGCUUGAUUCGAGUAAAGAUACCAGUAGACCGUGUCCUAUUUCCGUGUGAUCGCAGUACAAUGCUCAGAGCUCUCCGACACGACCGAUAUACAAUGUAAUUGCGUUUACAGCAUGCGCAGCUCUGUGGGACGACACUUGAACUUGAUCCCGGUACUGUAUUUGUAUUUAAUACCACAACAUCUCACACAAGCAGCAUGUGACGUGAACUUUGACCCACCGGAGCAUGGUUCUUUUAGGAACAACCCUACGUCAGUCGACACCUACGGUGUGCUGUUUAUCGAGUGUGACCAGAACUACACGUUGUCAGGACAGUCAUCGCUCUUUUGUAUGGGCAGUUUCUUUCUCUCACUGAACUUGCCAGACUGUGUUGCCAACUGCGCAGAUCCUGGCGCACCUGAAGCCGGCAGUCGUUCUCCUGACCCUACCCAGCCACACAAUUUGUAUAGACAUGGUGACGUCAUUGAUUUUCAAUGCGACAGAGGAUCCAGUCAGCAGGGGGCGCCCUCUUCCACAUGCACGGACGGAGAAUGGAACCCUGUAAACGUACCCCCUCCUUGUCAAGCUGAUUGUGGUGACCCUGGUACCCCAGUUAACGGACACCAACUAGAGGGCGGCAGUUAUCUACAUAACGGCAUUGUACAAUUUGCAUGUGAUGCUGGUAUAUUGCUGAUGCAUCUACCAGUUGUAGAUAGGGAAACAGGAAAGCUGUCACAUUCUCCUAAAGCAGCUACACCAGGAGAGGAUGAUUCCAAAAACACCUCAAAUGAAUUCUUUCUAAUACCUACUGCGACAACCGUAAUUAUCCACAGCGUUGUGGUCAUGGUAACAUCGGGAGGAGACUUGAAAAGCGAUGACGUUAAUAACAUCACCGUUGACGCAAUCGUGACGUCAAGCUCUCUUGGGACUGAUAUCAGCGGCAGUGGGUUGUGGGAUAUUGAAAUCUACCUACAAGACUCCAACGGCGACAACUACACCGUUGACUCGCCGACGCUGAGUUCAGACGAAAGUAAUCAGACACUCCUAAGCGGCGGUGAAAUAAGGUUCAACGAUAUAGAGUUUUCGGUUAACGGGAGUGAAAUACCAUGCUCGGAUAGUUUAGAAGUGUGCGUCAUUCUGCGAAAGGGAAUCUCACCGAAUCCCGAUUUUGAACUGAGUGGUGUUCAGAAUGAAAUAAGCUUAACGGGAUGCCAGUCUGUAACCUGUGGCACUUGUCAGGAUCCCGGUUCGCCGGUGAACGGACGACAGGAAACAGGCGCUAGCUUUGUGAACGGGGGUGUCGUAGAAUUUGUAUGUGAUCUUGGUAUACUGGUGGGAACCAAUCAAAUCACUUGUUACGACGGCGAGUGGAAUGACGUCAUUCCUUCAUGUGCAAUCGUUAUAAUUAAUAACGUCAUGGUCACAGUCACAUCAAGUAAUGAACUCAACGGAAAUGGCAUCAAUGACGUGUUUCUCAAUAUUGCUGCGACGUCAAGCAUUCUUGGGUCUGACGUCACAGGUACUGAUCUCUGGGGGCUUGAAGUGUUUCUACAAAACACCGAAGGUGACAUGAACGUGCCGUUUGUACCACAACUGACGUCAGAGGAGGCCGGCCAGAGGCUUUCCCCCGGGGACCAGAUACUGUUUAAUGGCAUUCAGUAUACAGUUGAUGGUAGCCAGAUACCAUGUGACGAAACCUUAGAAGUUUGCGUAACUCUGAAAAAGGGAAAUUCACCGAGUCCGAAUUUUGUGCUCAGCGGUGAUCCCGACGAUGAGGCACUCACCGGGUGUCAAUCUAUGUCCUGCGAUGUCGACGAGUGUCAGGACCCAGACAUCUGUCCGCCACCAAACCACGUCUGCGAAAAUGUACCCGGCACUUUCUAUUGCCGAUGCGCGGGAGGAUACAGUGGUGAAGACUGCCACGUCACCGAUAACUGUGUGCCGGUAAACCCAUGCCAGAACGAGGGCAACUGUACGUCAUCACUGAAUUCAUACCAGUGUCAAUGCGCCUCUGGGUUCGGAGGAAUUGACUGCGGUGAGGAAAUUGAUUAUUGCGACCCCAAUCCUUGCCAGAACGCCUCCAUCUGCAAGAAUUCGACAUUUGGUUACAAAUGUGAGUGCCGUUUGGGUUUCGAAGGAGAUGUUUGCAACGAGACAGUGCCUUACUUCACCGUAUGUCCAGAAGGGGAAACUCGGGUGUACACCCUGGAGGCCAAUUCGACACACGCGUACGUCAAUAUCACCCUCGCUGCUGAAGACUGGCUACAGAGAAACUUGACAGUCGAAAGCGUUGGCCACGACGUAACUCUUCCUGGAACAGUUGAGUUUUCGAUGGAUUUUCGGCACGGGAGAGAAGUCUGGUUCCGAGCAACUGAUGAAAAUAGAAAUAUCGCCUACUGUGUGUUUAUGCUACAACUAAUUGAUGCCGAGCCCCCAGAUAUCACAUGCCCGGUCAACGUCUUCCUGACGACGACCAGAACAAGCGAUGCGGCAGUUUGGCCUCUGGCAACAGCUCACGACAACAUCGGGCUCCAUCCCAUAAAACCAAUCACGUACAACAGACAGAAUGGAUCCGAGUUGUUUGCUGGUGAACAGCGCCACCAUGUGACGGCAACUGCGACGGAUUCUUCUGAGAACACAGCCUCUUGUAAUUUCACGGUCAGUUUGAGGAAAACAGAAGAACCGCCGAAAACAUCGCCACUAACAGCCAUCAUAGCAGGCAGCAUUCUCGGCAUUGUCGCCCUCAUUAUAAUCGUUGUUUUUAUCAGUGUCUUGAUAUGCCAUCGUAGAACAGCUCACGAUGACAGCAAGGCGUAUAUGCAUGACAGAUCUCGCCAUUUUCAGGACCAGAUUGACAUGAAGGCACAAAACAGAAGUAAUUAUUACGGUCAGGGACAACAACAGACUUCUCACAAUGGCACAUUCGACAACCCAACAAUUGACAUUCACCGGUGAGGACACGAAUAAACUGGUUCUACGUCAUUUAGCAUCGGUGGUCUGCAUAGAUCUAAUGAUAUCGUAUAUCAUGCACUAUUUCAUAUCAAGAUCGUGCCUGAUGUACAAAAAAAAAAUACAUCCGGGAUUUCGGUUCCGAAUAUCAUUAUGCAAGAAACAAAUGUUAAUUAAC